AUGUCGGCAAAAGAAUCUUUAAAGUCUAUCCGCGCUUGUUUGGAUUCCAAAGACUUUGAGCAGGCUGCAGGGAAGGCAAAGGACUUGUGUGAUAAGGAUCCUCAGAACUACCAUGCACACCUGUUCCUCGGACUUGCGCUUGAUAAUUUGAAUGAUUUUAGAGGGGCGGAGACUUCAUACCUAACAGCAACUGCUAUCAAGGAUGAUGAUCGGACAGCUUGGCAGGGUCUACUCACCCUGUACGAGAAGCAAGAUGGCAAGUAUUUAGAUCAGUAUCGCAAAGCGGUAACAAGGUUGUGUCAGAUACUAGCUGCAACCGACGACAAAGCCAGAUGUCAAUCUGCGGUCCAAAAGUAUGUCGAAUUGACUAAAAAACACGGUUCUAAGGCACAAUACAAGCAGGCUUUGGAGCUUCAACUCCCUUCUAGCUUUUUGUAUGACAUUCUCGAGGGUACUGUGCCACAUCCCUCGCACACAUACCUUCGUAUCAUAGAAAUAUGUGAAGCGGAGGAAAAAGAGUUUAUCAACAGAGAGAUUGGCGAAAGACGGACCAGGUUGGGCGCUCGGAUUGACCAGGUGACCCUCGAGGUGAAGCGUGAAGCCUUCCAGCGUAGCAAUUUAGAUAACCUCUGUCGUGAAAUUAUUAAUUGGUCCAAUGAUGAUGGGGCUCGCCGGAACUACGAGGAGAAGUUAUUGCAACGAGCUUAUGACUGGCUUCAAGUUCUUGCAGCAGGCAAAAAGAAUCCAAAGCGUGAAGAAGUACAGCGUCUUGCUAGGGAGAUGGUCAUAAUCAAACACCCAUUUGUGCUUGCCUGGAAGAUUGUUUUGGAAUGGCAGGAUGGAGAUGACCUUGCGGAGUUGGAUAUAAAUUUGCUAAACGAUUUCAUAGAGCUAUUUCCCGAAGAGGGCUUAAGCAAAGUCCUGAAGGGGUUUCUCGGAAGCGAUAUCUCACCAUUCCCUAAAGAGCUCACCUCGCAGUCACCGAAAGAGAACAAUUCAAACACGGGGUCAAGUGAAGCCAACAACCUAUCUAACCCAGAGGACCGUCUGCUAUUGAUGGCGGAGGGGCUGGAGCAAAGUCCAGGUUCAAUCCUUGCGCACAGGAUUAUGGGUCAGCUUUACUUGUCUUUGGACGAGUUCCAAACUGCAGUUGAUGUCGCUCGCAAAGGUAUAGAAGUGAUUACGGAGGUGCAACGCUUAACUGGAUUGAAACUGCGCAAUGCCACUGACGCUGUGAAUACUACUCUCGCCAACUCCCUCAUCACAUACCAAUCGCCAAAAAAUCAUCCUGAAGCAAAACAGAUAUUUGAAGAGAUGUUAAAUCGCAGGCCAACAUCGACUUGCUGUUUUCUCGGAAUUGGUCUGAUCUUAGAAGAAGAUCAAGACUACGCCGCCGCAGUGGAUUUUCUUGAGCAAGCGAUGGAGCGAGACCCCACUAAUCUAAGAAUAAGGAGUGAACUGUUCUGGUGCAAGGCACAUAAUGGCGAACUUGAACUUGGGUUACAUGGCCUACAGGAAACUGUAAACAUGAUGAAAGCCGAUCAUAUGCGAAAUCAAGACCUUAGAGCGGAGAUAUUAUACCGGAUCGGGUACUGCCAAUGGGAAUUAGAUCCUUCGUUUGCAGCUCGGAAGGAUCGCACCAGAGCUUACGCCAGCUUUCUUAGAUCUAUACAGUCGAAUAUGAACUACGCACCAGCAUAUAGUAGCCUAGGGAUAUAUUAUGAGGACUACAAAAAGGACCGGAAACGAGCACGCCGGUGCUUCCAUAAGGCUUUCGAGAUUUCCACUGCGGAAGUAGAUUCCGCCGAGCGUCUAGCUAGGGAUUUUGCAAACCAGGGGGCUUGGGAUAUUGUUGAAACGAUAUCCCAAAGAGUGGUGGAUUCGGGAAGGGCGAAACCUGCUCCGGGCUCGAAAAGGAAGGGCUAUAGCUGGCCAUAUGUAGCUCUUGGUGUGGUAGAGAUAAGCAGACAACAAUAUACGAAAAGCAUAGUCGCGUUCCAAUCGGCGUUACGAAUAUCCCCUGAUAAUUAUCAAUCCUGGGUCGGAUUGGCUGAAAGCUAUCACAAUUCCGGCCGUUAUGUAGCAGCUACCAAGGCGUUUGAACAUGCGGAGAUGUUGGAGCUCAGCCUCCCAAUAUCUGAAAGGGAACAAGUUUGGUUCGCUAAGUAUAUGUUUGCAAAUGUGAAGCGGGAACUUGGAGAAUACGAAGACGCUAUUGCGAGAUACGAAGCGGUAUUGAAUAUGAAACCAGACGAGUUCGGGGUCACAAUCGCCCUUCUGCAAACCCUCACUGAAAAUGCAUGGAAGUGUGUCACAUCGGGUUUGUUUGGAGAAGCCGCUGAAUGCGCAAGGAAGGCCGUCGAAACAGGAAUAUCCAUCGCACAGCUUCAUCCCGAUGUGUUCAACCUGUGGAAAUCAAUCGCGGAUUCCUUUUCCAUCUUCUCCUGGCUUCGGGGAAAGGCAUCCCUUAUGCCUAUCACUGAAUAUAAAGGUUUUAUUGAGAGUCAAGCUGAUAUGGCAUCGUUUGAGAUUCUUGCAGACGAAGAUGGUGUGAGGACGGAUUUUGCAUCACUGCUCACUAAGUCGGAUUCUGAAGACGUUUUAUCACCAAACAUAUGCAUGCACGCUGCAAUUCUUGCCCAAAAACGUGCCGUAUCCAUAUCCGCUACUGACAAACAUGCCCAAGCAAUAGCAUGGUAUAACCUUGGAUGGGCAGAAUAUCGUGCAUAUGUUUGCUUGCAAGAUGAGGCUAAAUCGAAAAUAAAUAAACCUUUCCUAAAAACAGCAAUGAGGUGUUUCAAACGAGCAAUCGAGCUCGAAGCUGGCAACUCUGAAUUCUGGAAUGCGCUGGGAGUAGUUACAACAUCCUUAAGCCCCAAAGUCGCACAACAUUCGAUUGUGCGAAGCCUGCAUCUGAACCAAAGAAGCCCUCAGGCCUGGACAAAUUUAGGUGCAUUGUACCUUCUUCACAACGACUAUGAGCUUGCAAAUGAGGCAUUUACUAGGGCACAGUCAACGGAUCCGGAUUUUGCUCACGCUUGGCUUGGACAGGGUCUCCUUGCGUUGCUUUUUGGAGACACAAGGGAAGCCAGAGAACUUUUUAAACACGCUUUUGAACUAGGCAAUUCAGCGUUAACGUUCCCGAAAAAACAGUAUGCAGUUUCCGUAUUCGACCAUCUUAUGUCCGACACCAUGAUGCAUGUUGAUAUUCAACAGCUCAUCCAUCCCCUUUUUGCCCUCCACCAACUCCAAACCCAAUCGCCUUUCGACCUUCAAUUGCAGCAUCUUUCAGCUCUCCUGGCUGAAAGGAUUGGAAGUUUUACAGACGCUGCUUCUAAUUUAAAAAAUGUGUGUUUUGGUAUGGAAUUCGAAUACGAGAAGUCAGAGGCGAUGUCAUCAUUAUCUCGGUUUGCCCAGGCAAAAUCGGAUGCCGCACGAGUACACCUAGCUCAGAUGGACUAUGACGCUGCAGUUGACAGCGCAGAAACUGCUCUAAGUUUGUCAUCCGAGAAUGCACCAGAAGAGUUUGAUCCCCUAGUCAAUCAGAAAAUACGGCUUUCAUCACAUCUGACGGCAGGACUGGCCUACUUUUACCUCAAGGAUAUGGACAGGGCAAUCGACAUGUUCCGUGAUGCCCUGCAAGAAGCUGAUAGCUCACCAGAUGUGGUAUGCUUACUGGCUCAAGUUUUAUGGGCCAAAGGCGGAGAAGAGGAAAGAGAAGCGGCUCGGGUUCAGUUGUUGGACUGCAUUGAAAAGCAUCCUACGCAUGUUGGGGCCGUAACACUUUUGGGUGUCAUAGCCCUGUUGGAUGCUGACGAGGAUUCAAUUGAAGCAGUCGAGUCCGACUUGCAAGAAAUGCGAACAAGUGACGAUGUUAGCAUCCACGAUCGCGCCAAGGUCACAAAGCUUCUAUCAAGUAUUGCCACGCUUGUGCUUGCGAAAAACCCUGAAGUACCGAAAGAGUUAAGACAGCGUCAAGAAGCUAUCACGUCCAUAAUGCUUGCCCCAUAUCAGCCACAAGGAUGGGCUGCACUGUCAACAGCAUCAUCACUUUACCCGGCUGAAAUAGCAUUACAAACGGCAUUGCGAAAUAUCCCCCCUAACGGGACGCUUGAAUCAGAAAAACUGUGUCAUUACUAUACCCUAACUGGCCGUCGAGAUGCAGCGGUUAGGGCGAUAAUGAUAGCGCCUUGGGUAUCGGAUGGUUGGAAAGAACUUUCGCACUGUAUAUCAGUAGAGUGAUCGUGUGGAAAGGUCUUCUAUCAGCAGAUGUUUCGUUUCUGUAGUUAGUGGUGGAACCAUCCCAUAUCUUUUAAUAUAGAAGAGCAUACAAGAGAUAUAGAAAUAAACAGACAAUAGACCAAGC